AUGAGGGAUUUUGCUGGGAGUCCAGGGACUUUGACUGGGCUUGCUUUGAGGCUUUCGCAGUGUGUUUUUGCAGCUGGCUCCAUUGCUGCCAUGGCCACCACUAAUAGCUUCUUCAAUUUCACUGCUUUCUGCUAUCUCAUUGCUUCGAUGGGUUUGCAAGUCAUCUGGAGCUUUGGUCUUGCACUAUUGGAUGCAUAUGCCUUGGUGAGAAAGAAGGCCCUCCACAACACAGUCUUGCUCAGCUUUUUUGUCGUUGGAGACUGGGUGACGGCAAUAUUGUCUCUUGCAGCCGCUUCAGCUUCAGCAGGCAUCACAGUGCUCUACUUCCAUGACUUGGGGAAUUGUGGUUUUGUGGGUGAAUGCCAAAAAUACCAAAUGUCAGUUGCAUUAGCAUUUUUCAGCUGGAUAGCAAUUGCAAUUUCAUCUCUAAUUAUGCUUUGGCUAUUGGCUGCAGGUUAG